AUGAGUAAAAUAUCCGAGGAUUGUACCUCUUUUACAUGGCAACCUACUAGUAACCAAUGGACAUCCUUGUGUGAUUGUUUUCGUUUAGAUCGUGGCUAUUGGUAUAGCGGAUCGGAAAUGCAUGAACAAUUUUGGCCACUGAAGGAUGCCGAAAUACCUAGUCAGCCCUAUAUUAGCAGUUAUAAAUUAAUAUCGUAUGGUUCGGUCCUAGAGAAAAUGUGGUUCAACUCUAAUGGCUUGAUUGUUAUAGCCAAUCAGACCAAACAAUUAUCUGUUCAGGUCACUAAAAACAACCUUUGCUUGCAAUCAUAUGCAACUAAUCAUGCAUUACAGUACCAAGUUUGUAGUCAUCAUGAUUUAAAAAAUGUUUAUCAAAUAUAUGCAAAAAGAUUAUUCGAGUUACCGACAACGGCUAAAGAUGAUGAUCUAUUUCGUACUAUUAUAUGGACAAUGUCCAACCAACAUAUGAGUAUCAAUCAAUCCAUGGUUGAAUAUUAUGCUGAUCAAAUUGUUCGCUAUCAAUUUAAUCAGAGUAUAAUAGAGUUAGGAGAUGACUAUUCCACUGCCCAUGGUGACUUUGAUUUCGAUCAAAAUCGAUUUCCAAAUGUGAGUAAAACAAUUUUUCAAUUACAUCAGUGGGGUUUAAAAAUAUCACUAUCUGUCAGUGUAAUUGCAAGUAUCAACUCUCAAACCUUUCAACAAGGUAUCGAAAAUAAUUAUUGGGUUAGAAGGAAAGAUAAAUACAGUCAAGAUGUGCUAGCAAUCAUAAAAUGGUCGAGAGGAAAUGGAGUAUUAUUAGAUGUUACCAAUCCUCAAGCUAGACGUUGGUUUACAUCUCGAUUAAUAAAAUUUCAGCAUGAUUAUCAUAUCGAUUAUUUUAAUUUUUUACAUGGAGAGGCUGACUAUUUACCAGCUGAUAUGGUUACCUUCGGGACACUCGAUGACCCAAAUCAUUAUACUCGUCUAUUUAAUAAGAUGGUAUCAGAUAUUGCUUCAGUAUCGUUUGUUGAAGCUGCAUAUCAAGCACAACAGCUCAAUCCAAUCAUUCAGAUGCAAAGAAAAGACUCAAGUUGGAGUAAUGUCACUGGCUUACCGUCAAUUAUACCAAGUGCAAUAACUUUAGGAUUGAUUGGUUAUCCAUUAUUUACUCCUGCAACAAUCAACAAUUUCGAUUUCACAACUUUAUCAACAAAGUUAGACCGAGAUUUGUAUAUUCGUUGGAUACAAUUAUCAAGUUACUUACCCAUACUAAAAUUAUCGACUGGCCCGUGGAAUUUUGAUGUACAAGCAAUCGCAUUUUUGCAAAAGUUAAUACAAUUUCGUAGGCAGUUUCUUGUACCAAAAUUUAUUCAGAUUAAUCAACAACUCACUUCAACUGGAUUACCAAUAGUACGUCCAAUUUGGUGGUUAGCGCCAAAGGAUACUACCGCUCAAAAUAUCUUUGAUGAAUUUCUUAUUGGAGAUGAUAUUCUGGUUGCACCUAUUGUCCAAAAGAAAACUAACAGCAGAAAAAUUUAUUUACCUCGUGGUUAUUGGUUUGACGCAAUAUCGAAAACGAAUUUCAGUGUAGCUGUUGGUAGAUGGCUUACUAAUUACGUAACGCAGUACACGCAAGUUGCUUACUUUAUCUAUUCGCCUUGGAAAUGA